CCCCCGAGCGCUGCUUUCAGGGCCAAAGUAGGUUUGCGAGUGGGAGGCGGUGGCUGCAGCUCCACGGCUGGGGGAAGAUGGCGCCGCCGGUGUCGGAGCGGGGACUGAAGAGCGUCGUGUGGCGGAAGAUAAAAACAGCAGUGUUCGAUGACUGUCGGAAAGAAGGCGAAUGGAAGAUAAUGCUGUUAGAUGAGUUUACCACCAGACUUCUGUCGUCAUGCUGCAAAAUGACUGACCUUCUAGAGGAGGGUAUAACUGUUAUAGAGAAUAUUUAUAAGAAUCGUGAACCUGUCAGACAAAUGAAAGCUCUUUAUUUUAUCUCUCCAACACCAAAAUCUGUAGAUUGUUUCUUGCGAGACUUUGGAAGUAAAUCUGAGAAAAAAUACAAAGCAGCGUAUAUAUACUUCACUGACUUUUGUCCUGACAGUCUCUUUAACAAGAUUAAAGCAUCUUGCUCCAAGUCAAUAAGAAGAUGUAAGGAAAUAAACAUUUCCUUCAUCCCACAUGAAUCUCAGGUUUAUACUCUUGAUGUACCGGACGCAUUCUAUUACUGUUACAGUCCAGACCCUAGUAAUGCCAGCAGGAAAGAAGUGGUCAUGGAAGCAAUGGCUGAGCAGAUCGUGACAGUGUGUGCCACUCUGGAUGAAAACCCUGGAGUGAGAUACAAGAGUAAACCUCUAGAUAAUGCCAGUAAACUUGCACAGCUGGUUGAAAAAAAGCUCGAAGACUACUACAAAAUUGAUGAAGGGGGCCUAAUAAAGGGUAAAACUCAGUCCCAGCUCUUAAUAAUUGACCGUGGCUUUGACCCUGUGUCCACUGUCCUGCAUGAACUGACCUUUCAGGCAAUGGCAUAUGAUCUACUACCAAUUGAGAAUGAUACAUACAAGUACAAAACAGAUGGGAAAGAGAAGGAGGCAGUUCUUGAAGAAGAUGACGACCUGUGGGUGCGGGUUCGGCACCGGCACAUCGCGGUUGUGUUGGAGGAAAUUCCAAAGCUUAUGAAGGAAAUUUCAUCCACGAAGAAAGCUACAGAGGGGAAGACAUCACUUAGCGCUCUUACCCAGCUGAUGAAAAAGAUGCCGCACUUCCGAAAGCAGAUCUCGAAGCAAGUCGUCCAUCUUAACUUAGCUGAAGAUUGCAUGAAUAAAUUUAAGCUGAAUAUUGAGAAGCUCUGCAAAACUGAGCAGGACCUGGCACUUGGAACAGAUGCUGAAGGACAGCGGGUGAAGGACUCCAUGCUGGUGCUCCUCCCAGUGCUGCUCAACAAAAACCAUGACAACUGCGACAAAAUACGGGCAGUCCUACUCUACAUCUUCGGGAUUAAUGGAACCACUGAAGAAAAUCUGGACAGACUGAUCCACAAUGUAAAGAUAGAAGAUGACAGUGAUAUGAUUCGUAACUGGAGCCACCUUGGUGUUCCCAUUGUUCCCCCAGAUGCCAUUGAUAAUAGAUUAGAUUCCAAAGAGUGGCCAUAUUGUUCCCGGUGCCCAGCAGUGUGGAAUGGCUCUGGAGCUGUGAGUGCACGCCAGAAACCCAGAACUAACUACUUAGAGCUGGACCGGAAAAAUGGGUCAAGGCUGAUUAUUUUUGUAAUUGGAGGAAUUACGUACUCUGAGAUGCGGUGUGCUUAUGAAGUUUCCCAGGCACAUAAAUCCUGUGAGGUUAUUAUUGGUUCCACACAUAUUUUAACUCCCAGAAAGCUGCUGGAUGAUAUAAAAAUGCUGAAUAAAUCAAAGGAUAAAGUUUCCUUUAAGGAUGAGUAACUCUUUUAUUGUUGUCGUUUAGAGGUUUUGUUAAUACAUUCAGCUAAAGCAAAUGUUGCUGUUGUAAUUUAAGCGGUGUAAAUAGUGUAUGGAGUAAUGUGGUUUUCAAGUGUUCAUCUUAAAGAAGUUUAUAUGUUAGGAAUUUGCCAUUUCUAAUAAUUUAAAUACUGUUGCUGCUUUGUACAAGAUAGGACACUAAAGGGCUUUCUAAUCAGGAUGUUUUCACCUUAGGAACAGAAUUUGUUAGGAGUUAUAGGUAGUUUUUACAGCCAGCUGUAUACACACUAGUUACUCACUGUAUACUUAUGCUGAAAUACAGUGUUGGGGGCAAAAUGAUUUAGAAUGAAGAGAUUAUAAAAGUAAGAACUGUAAAUGUAUGUAUGAUAGAAUUAUUUCUUAUAAGUGCAGUUUCUUAAAACUGAAAUUCAUGUUUUUAUGUGUAAAAUAAUUCGUGUUUAAUAUGAUUUCACUGUGUAUAUUACCUGCAAAAUAAUUUUAAAGAACACAAUUUUAUAUGUUUGAGAUCAUGUCUGCUUAAGUUAGACGCCAAAAAUAAUCAUGAACAUUCUAAGAGAAAAUAA